AUUAUGUAUUGUUAUCAUUCUUACAUUUGUAGAUUUACUAGUUUGUUUUUCAUUUAUAUGUUUAGUAUUCACACCCUAGAAAGGAGUAGUUGUUAAACUGUGUGAAAGACAAAACUUGCUUUUUCCCUAGACCUUGAAGCUGCAGCUGCUCUCUAAUCUAGGGAUACUCCUUAAAGGGCCGGUGUGUUAGUUCCUGUAUUAUCUUUCUCUAUCUUCUUUGAGUUAUUACCUUCACAUUCCAUUCCUGCUCUGUUCUGUAAUAAAAAGAAUUGUUCUGAUGCAGAGAGUCAGAACGCAUGGUGAACACCUUGGAGAAGUGGUUUGCUAUGUUUUCUCCUUCUGCAGAAGCUUGGUUGAAAACUCAUAAACGUUGUCUGUGGUUCUCUUUUUAUGUAGGUUUAGAAAAUACCUAUCAUCUUGGUGCCGUGACCCGGAUCUCAACAUACCCGUUUGCUGACAGACGAAGAACGACACGCUGAAAACCGUGCACGGCCAGAGUCAACAGGACUUGGAAACAAAGUCCCGGGAAGUAACUUCUUCGCUGGGCCAGCGCCUAGGUCCGACUUUGUCUGUCAACGGCGGAUUGAAGAGAUCCAACCGGACAAGACGAACCGACAGAAACGAAACCCCUCCCAUCAAGCCAGGAGACUGGGUGUAUAUCAAAGUCAUAAAAAGAAAGAGCUGGGCCAGUCCAUGGUGGGAGGGACCAUUCCAAGUGCUGAUCACCACACCAACUACUGUAAAGAUUGCUGAAAGUCUCAGAUGGAUACAUCUCAGUCACUGUAAGGUACAGAGAGUGUUAGACUUCUAGAAUUGAGUGAGAGGAAGCCGGACUACAAAGGGAAUUUACAAAUUUAGAGGUAAAUUGUCUCAAAGUCCGUGAAGCAAUCAACAGAUUCUCACUCUUUUAGCCUAGAAGUUUUGACAUCUCUGUAUUCUGAGCAGCAAUGGGGUCUCCACAUGCCAGGUGGAUCCUCUACUGUGUUGUGACUGCAGCAUGUCUACUGUUUUGCAGAGGGAGUGGUCUCACUCUCAACAGGAUAAGGAGAGAAGCAGACACAUCCUCCCUCUAGACUCAUCCACAUGACUACAGCACCAACUUGUGAUGGCAACUGAUGAACAGGACUGCAUAUGAGAGAAAUGAGACCAACUGGUAUGUGUGUGCACAGCUACCCUACUCCACUCACAACUUUGGUCUGAGACCUGGAAACAUAACCAAACAACAACAACUUUGUUUGUGACACCAUGCCCCUGCUACAGACGAACCUCCGACUACCAGAAGUAAUCACUUUGGUUAGUUUUAAGCCUGGAGCCCUUGGUGUCUGUGUGUAUAACAUGUGUAACAAAAUCUAUACCUUCUGUGACAAGAAGGCAGACUUUUCCAACUGUGACGCCUUCCACGCGACAAACCACGCCAGCACUGGCUGUUCCAAAAGAUGGAAGUCUGACCACAGUUAUACCAGAGUUAACUUUCUCAAGGUGAGGAAAUUCGAUAUCGACAGCAAGACCAGAGGACGUCAAAACUUCACUUUCUGCAGUACCAUCGUUCCAGGGAACAGAGGAUCCAGGACAAUGGCAGACUGGUACUUUCUGCAUACUUAUGCUUCUCUUACCAGGAAGAGAUAGGACUCCCAGGGGAGAACUGUGCGCCUUGGUUCCUCUCUCCAACCCAGUGACUUUCCUGAAAAGGCUCAGGACGUUCACAGCCAUGGACACCACCGCACUAGAAGAGACGUCAUGCCGAAAGUCCAAAGAUGGGGAGGCCUUACUACGAACUCUGGAGUUCCUUGGAAAUUCAAGAUCUAGGGCGCGGAGAGAAGCUCAUGCAGAGCCUAUUCCCAUGGGUGGGAGUAGGUGAAGUCCGAGACCAUGUUGAAAUCAACAGGUACGCUCUACUACGCCUCAUCAACAACACAUACCAGCUAGCUAACAGCACUACAAAAGAGCUGACCACGUUGAGAAACAUGGUUCUACGAAACUAUGUUAUGUUAGACUUUCUCACAGCCUCUCAAGGAGGUGUCUGCAAGAUCAUAGGAUCAGCAUGCUGCACAUUCAUCCCUGAUGAAACAGGAACUGGAGGAACUAUUCAUGAUGCCCUGCAUGAAUUGGAAGAGCUUAAGGACUAUGUGAACAGUGCAACUCAGGGGUCACGACCCUUUGACUUUGUUUCUUGGUUCACCUCUGGACCAUGGUGGCAGCUUUUGUUAAAGAUUGGAACACCCAUCUUGACUGUACUGAUCCUAUUCUUUCUUUUUACAACCUGCAUCCUUCCAUGCCUUCGUAGCAUGAUGCUGAAGACAUUCAACACUGCUCUGAUCAGCUAUCAGAUGGUCAGGGUAACCUCUAACACAGAUGAAGACUACAUUUUGCUCCAGAAGAAUGAAGAUGAAAUGAAAACAACAACAUGUGACAAUGUCCUGUAAUAAAUAAACAGAUUAAAUCAUUUGCUUAAUGACUCCUACACUGAAAAUGUGAAAACAAGUGGUGUUAGUGACGAAAAUAUGCAUUUGGUUUUUGGUUUUCUUUGUUUUCUUUACUGUUUUUCUUAUACAUUAUAUUCCUUUAUAUAUUAAUGUAGUAUGUAUCUGUAUUCUAAAAAAAAGGUGUAAUCGAUUUUCUUUACCUUUUUUUUCCUUUUCUUUUCUUAUGUUUUGCAUAAUCUUUAUGUAACAAUGAUAAAAAGGAGGGAAAUGUUGGGAUAAUUAUGUAUUGUUAUCAUUCUUACAUUUGUAGAUUUACUAGUUUGUUUUUCAUUUAUAUGUUUAGUAUUCACACCCUAGAAAGGAGUAGUUGUUAAACUGUGUGAAAGACAAAACUUGCUUUUUCCCUAGACCUUGAAGCUGCAGCUGCUCUCUAAUCUAGGGAUACUCCUUAAAGGGCCGGUGUGUUAGUUCCUGUAUUAUCUUUCUCUAUCUUCUUUGAGUUAUUACCUUCACAUUCCAUUCCUGCUCUGUUCUGUAAUAAAAAGAAUUGUUCUGAUGCAGAGAGUCAGAACGCAUGGUGAACACCUUGGAGAAGUGGUUUGCUAUGUUUUCUCCUUCUGCAGAAGCUUGGUUGAAAACUCAUAAA